AUGAUCUUCUGGCUAUGGCUCUGUGGGGCUCUCCCUGCCUCCACGGGGCAGCCCGACUCAGAGCUGCUCGCGAGGUACCUGGAGGAGAAGCUCAUGGCUGAUUACAGCUUCGCCGAGCAAGUUGCGCGACGUGUCCCAAGGCAGACCAGAUUUUUGCAGAGGCUGGAAACAAGGCCUCGAAUGUCAGAAUUCAAUGUGAAAUCUACAAUCAUUUCUCGCUAUGCUUUCACCACGGUGUCCUGCACCAUGGUGAACAGUGGAUCCGAGGCACGAGAAGCUGUGUUUGAGAUGCAGAUCCCAGCUGCAGCUUUYAUCUCCAACUUUACUAUGAGCAUUGGCAACAAGACUUAUUAUGGAGAGGUCACAGGGAAGGAAAAAAAACAUGGCAAUGAAGACAAAGCAAAGACCAAGAAGCCUCCAAGCCCCACAGAUGGAGUGGAGAACGGCUAUGAGACAUUCAAAGCUUCCAUUAGUAUUCCUCGUAAGAUGCAAGCCAACUUCCUACUGCAUUAUGAAGAGCUCUUGCAAAGGCGACUGGGAAAAUACGAGUAUACAAUCAGCAUCCGGCCCCAGCAACUGGUGGGGAGGUUACGAGUUGAGGUGAAUAUACUGGAGAACUCGGGCAUAGUUUCACUGGAAGUGCCUCCCCUUCGAAACAGCAAGCACAAAGGCAAUGGGAAGGUUGAAGGUGAUGCCUCUCCUCCUCCUUCCACUGUUAUUGGACAUACCAAAACCCUAGCUAAAGUAACCUUCAGCCCCAAUGUUGUUCAGCAAACCAGGAUUGCUCGAAAUGGCAUUUUGGGAGACUUCAUAAUUAGAUAUGAUGUCAACAGAGAGCUGAGUGUUGGGGAUGUUCAGAUUCUUAAUGGGUAUUUUGUGCAUUACUUCGCCCCCAAAGAUCUUCCUCCAUUGCCAAAGAAUGUUGUCUUUGUGCUUGACAGCAGUGCAUCCAUGGUGGGAACAAAACUAAGACAGACCAAAGAAGCUCUCUUCACAAUUCUACAGGACCUAAGGCCGGAAGAUCACUUCAAUAUCAUUGGCUUUUCCAACCGAAUAAAGGUCUGGCAACAGGACCAGCUAGUACCAGUUACUCCAAAUAAUAUCAGAGAUGCCAAAAAGUACAUUCAUAACAUGUCACCUACUGGAGGAACUAAUAUUAAUGGUGCUCUCCAGACUGGUGCAAAGCUGCUAAAUGACUACAUUGCUCAGAAUGACAUUGAUGCCAGGAGCGUCUCUCUGAUCAUCUUCCUCACGGAUGGGAGGCCCACUGUUGGGGAGACGCAAUCAUCCAAAAUCCUCAGCAACACCAAGGAAGCCAUCCGUGACAAAUUCUGCCUCUUCACCAUCGGCAUUGGCAAUGAUGUGGACUACAAGCUGCUGGAGAGGAUGGCACUGGAGAACUGUGGUAUGACAAGGCGUUUCCAGGAGGAUGAGGAUGCGGCUGGUCAACUSAAAGGGUUCUACGAUGAGAUAGGGACACCUCUUCUCUCUGAUAUACGGAUUGAUUACCCAGAAGACAGUGUUGAGCAGGUCACGCAGAACUUCUUCCCCAACUACUUCAAYGGCUCUGAAAUUAUAAUAGCUGGCAAGCUCAUCAACCGCAGCUCAGACAGUCUCCAUGUAGAGGUGACUGCUAGCAACUCCAAGAAGUACAUCCUCCUCAAAACAGAUGUAGGUAUCGACCUGCCAAGCAGGAAUGACAUCAGAGGUGUCCCUGGACUAGAAGAUGGCAAAGGUGAUCAGAAUUACAUUGAGAGGGCAUGGAGUUACCUCACCAUCAAGGAGCUGCUUAACUCCUGGCUGAAGAGUGAUGACAGUCAGGAGAAGGACUAUUUGAUGGACAAAGCAAAGUCUAUGGCCCUUACUUACAAUUUUGUUACUCCUUUCACCUUUCUGAAGAUGAAAGAGGCUGGGCUGUAUUCAGAACCUCCUCAAGAGCAGUAUAUCAGCCCUUCUACUGAAGGCAUUGGUGAAAAGCUACAGAGCUUGCAAGGACAUAAGGCACCACCAGGUAUGCCCAGGCAACAAGAUAAACAAAGAAUUAAAAUCUCCAAAACUUCAGCUGACGGAGACCCUCACUUCGUCAUUGAUUUUCCCUCCAGCAAGUUCUCUGUCUGCUUCAAUAUUGAUGGAGAACCAGGGGAUAUUCUCCGACUGGUCUCUGAUCAUAASGAAUCUGGUAUAACUGUGAAUGGGCAAUUAAUUGGAGCUCCUGCACCACCCAAUGGCCACAAGAAGCACCGGACUUACUUCAGCACCAUCACUAUCCUCAGCAACAAGCCAGAAAGAUCCUACCUAGAGAUCACACCCACCAGAAUCAUUCUGGAUGAUGGAGAAAGACUUGUUCUGUCCUGUGGCCGGAGUGCCAUAGUGAAGAGCAACAGCCUUGAGGUGUCCAUCUCUGCCAAWUCCAACAUCACCGUGACAAUACGAGACACAAUCAGCUUUAUUAUCCUCAUCCACCACUAUAAGAACCCAGCGCCCUAUCAGAAGGAUCAUCUGGGUUUCUACAUCUCCAACAGUAAAGGCCUCUCUCCUSACUCCCAUGGGCUACUGGGUCAGUUCUUGAAAGAUGAAGUUAAACUUCUUCAGGAAUCUCUAAACAUGAGUAAUCCACAGGCUGGUCAGAACAAAACUGAAGCAUUAAAGUCAAACCCUACAAACACCUUGAAAGUCAAGGGACGACUCGUUCCUGUUGUAUGGAAACAGAGAAGGAUCUACAAUGGCCAGCAAGAAGUUGACUGCUGGUUUGCCAAAAACAACGCGGACAAACUGAUUGACGGGAGCUAUAGAGACUAUUUGGCUUCUCAUCCUUUUGACACAGGAACCAACUUUGGGAUGAUUUAAUAACCUUUAAGACCAUUCAUAAUAUCACRUUGCAGCACCAUGUGUGACAGUCCCUUUCUGAAGCCUCUAGAACUAGGCAGCUUAUGAUUU